UACAUUUACACAUUGGAAGCAGUCAUCAGUUUGUUUUUCUCGACAUUUUUGGCCUCUGCGUUGUUUCUUUCUAGAGGCAUUGAUUGAAAUUUCAUUGUCAGUUGCUUGGUGAAAGAGCAAAAAAAAACUUCUACGUUUAAAUGCCUAGUUAAGAUAAUAUUAAUAAUGAUUAUAGUGAAGCUGUACCGACUAUUUGUUUCGUGAAGAUUAAUACGAGCACUAAUGGUCAAUAAACAGUUGUAAGUGAUUUAGUGCGAAGGAUAAUCAAAAUACCUAUCAGCAACGUAGUUUCCCAUAGAAGUUAGAUUGGCGAAAGAUUUGAUUUUCAUAUUCAAUUAGGCUUUCAGUGAAUUACUUACAAAAUGUAGGUGAAAACAUUCUGGUUAUCAAAUAUUGAUAGGGAAAAGUUUAGAGCGUUUUCUGCCGUGUAGAAAAGCCGUCUGGGCAUUCCGUGAUAAACUGAGAUCCGGUGUGAUGCUGAUUAGUGUGAAUUAUUUCUAAACGAAAAAAGAGUGCAUCGGACAUUAGAGGCGCAUAAUAUUAUUGGAAAUCCUUGUAGGUUGUAUGCUCAAAAAAUAUUGCAAAGGGCUAAUUAAGUUGAUUACGUGGGCAUAGCACAUAAAGCAGAAAGAAACUGGGAGGAAAGAUGUCAGCCUUUUUCAUGCAUCUAUUGAUCACGUCUGUGCUGCUGCUGAUGGCGACCCGAAAUGCAAUGUCAAAAUAUACCAUCGAUUUGAAAUCCUCCGGCUCGGUGGUGCUCGGUGGAACGAUGGAGUUCUAUGCAACAAUUCUGACUGAUGGAAAACCGAUUGAUGAUGCGUACCAAGUAGAGUGGAAGGACAACAUAAACCCGCCGAAUAAGCAGGAGGGAGAAAGCAAGGCACCUUAUUUCAACUGGACUAUAACCUAUGGAAAUGACGUGAACGCAGGAGAGUACACUGCAACGAUCGUCGUGAAGCGGCUGUAUAUCUUCGUCUAUAUAACUUUGGCCACGGAAACCGUUAAUUUCAAUUUAACCAAUCUUCUCAACGGCCAGAUGUUACUGACUCAAAAUCAAAGCAUCGUCGAUACAGAGUAUGUGUCGAGUGCAAUCACAUUGAACCAAACGAUCGAGCUAACGGAGAGUGAUAGACGAGUCUUGAACAAAGCGGUAUAUACCCGGACCUAUUGGUUCAUUAAUUGUCAAUACAUCGGCACGUCGGAUGAGUUUACUAAACUCAGUAAUUUUACCACGGAAAACCAGAUUUACACCAUCGAAGCGUUGGUAGUGUUAUCUUUUGAUAAGAUUCCAGAUCCUACGACUACUACAACAACCACCACCACAACUACUACAACUACUACUACCACUACGACAACCACAACUACGCCAGCUACUACUACAACCAGUUCUACCACUCCACCCACAACUACUUCAACGACAACAGUUGCACCCAACAGUACGACAACAACUUCUGCCCCAGUCACUACCAGUUCUAGUACUACGUCCACUAGUACUACACCGAAACCAACCUCUAACCGAAGAAAGCGCCGCCAGGUCGUCCCAGGCUAUGCUGAUGUGCUUGCCAAUGUUAAUCCUAUGCUGCUCAACAUGACCGAUAUACGAAGUAUCCUCGUCAACGGCGAAUCGAUUCCGGAUCAUCUUCUGCAGCAAGACGAUCCAGCCAACAGCGCCGAAGAAUCGUUAGCGAGUCGCAUCGUAAAGAAAUCCGAUCCCGAUUACGAUGUGGACGACUCGCGGCAGCCCUUUGUUUGCGGGAACAGCUCAAUGGUGCCUCCGGAUCCGAAGAAAACCUACGGACAUUUCGUCAGACGGAUCAUUGUGCAGAAUCCCAUCACCAAAAUGAACGUUUCCGGGCCGCAAUGGGUUCAGCAAGGCACUCCGGCCAAUUUGACAUUCCAAUGCUCGGGAACACCACCGUUCAGUUUCUGCUACAAUGUUAUUUUUGGUCAAUACAAUAUCACGUCAAAUGAGACGUGUAAGAACAGUUGGCACACGAACGAUGGGGCAUGCAAAUUUAGGUACACAUCGUGGGUGUUCCAAAAAGAGCAGCAAUCGCUCGUUGUCUUCAUGAAGAACAGGAUUUCAGAACAGAUUGUCCAAGUAGGUCUGCAGAUCUACGAGAACCAAUCAAAAUCGCAGCUCUCGGUGAUUGUCGUUCCAAUUGGGUUCUGCCUAUUGGCGGUCAUACUGGUGGUGUUCGGUGUCUCCUAUUAUAUCCAGAAUCGAGAGCGCUUCAUCGUGGAGGUGGCUGACUUCAACUUUGGCGACACAAACUCGCUCGAUGACGACAUGGAGUACAAGACGUUCCAGCAAAGGCUGCUGGACAGUUUGCGCGAUUCGGUGCGACUGCCCCGGUUCCGACUGGGGUCUAGCGCUGCUAGUCAGGAUGGAGAUGAGUCUCCGUCUGCCGUUGGUGAAAGUUCCCUGCGAUAUGGUUCCUUGACAUAGGCUGGGAAACGGAGUCGUUUGUAGUUUCUGCAUGGUUUAACUUGUAUGAUUGGGAGCAAAUUUUUGUAAAACGUAAUCUUCGCGUAUUAGGUUUGCAGAGCUGCAUUUGAAACAUAUAAAACAAUCAGUGAUAGGAUUAUAAACGAAUAAUUGACCGCCAAUGAUAACGCUUUCAUAAUGAUAACCCGAAUGACCUGCAUUUUUUCACAGAGAUAAAUUCCUUAUAAAGAUAUUGAAAAGAACAAGACAAAGUCACUUAGAAGUGAGGGAAGACAUGAUGAACUAAAAGUGAAAUCAGUAGUGUGAUUCAGUAUCAUUGCAAAUUUUCGACCGCUAUUCUAGUUUGAAUCUGGAGCAAAAUAGAACAAACUCGCUGGUUUCUUCAGCAGUGCACGCCGUGUUCAAAGCGACAUAUUAUGUAACUUGAGUGCACUUCGGAUUUUUCUUCACCAAAAGUUAGGAUACAUUCCAAACUAUCGAAUAACGGUUGUUCCAAAAUAUUCUAUCGGGGAAAAAUAAAAUAAAGUCAAUUUGAUUUUUUUUAAUUUUUUUGACCGUUUUUGCAUUAAUAUUUUUCACGAUGCAUCAUAUAAUGUAGCAUUUAAUUCUCGAAUGAUUAGUUUUAUCUUAACGUGCUUCUAUCUGUCAUAAUAACAGAAUUCACAACAUAUUUGAAGGGUGUUUUCAAAUCUGAACAGUUGUACUUAUAAUGUGAAACACGUGCUUAAAGUGAACAUGAAGAAUACGCAUGAGCACAACCGUAUGAAAAUAUGUGCCCUUUGUUUCCAUAAAGUGAAAUCAGCAAAACUUAUCAACAAUCCCUUGAAGAAAAUCAUUAAAGAGAGCUUUUUGCCGGAUUAUGACGAACAAAAUGAAAUAUAUCCAAAAGUGUUGUGUGGCGGCUGCUACCGUGCGAUGUACAGGUGUAAAAAAAGCGAAAAGUUUUCCAAGAUUUUGGUUCACGAAUACCUCAACCGCAGAGCAACGAGAGAAGCAACCAAGCACUUGGACUGUGAUAUUUGUCGCGUGGCUCAACAAACGCUGCAAAUAAAAGUUGCUAGGAAAGCUCCGAAAAACAGGCGCAUGUUUGUCAAAACUUGCAAUGAUUGUUUGACCAAAGUUGGAUCCAUAAAAAUAGUAUUGUCCAUUGAAGAUAAACAAAGGCAGCAAAACAAACAAGGAUUCAAGGACUCAGGAGUUCGUCAAGCCCUUAUUCUUGCUCUUGCUCCAGGGAUACAGGAGAAUUAUGAAAACAUAUCCAAAUUUUGGAACCACCUAAGUUUGGCUUCGAUUAAAUGUUUUGUCGCAGGUAAGUGCGUGUAAUUAUUUUUUAUGGUUGAUCAAUGUUAGCAGUCAGAUUUUUAUAUGAUUAAGAGCAAUUAUUAAUCUUUUCAGGUGAUCUAAAAGCAAUAAACAUAAUUGCUGGAAUUAUGGGAAACAGCUCCACUCAUCCAUGUGCAUAUUGCACGGUGAAUAAGAAAGAUCUGAGCACUUCUGCAGGGGAGUCGCGAACACUUGGUUCAAUUAGGCAGCUAGCCCAUAAGUGGUUGGCAUCUGGUGGCAAGGAUAAGCAUGCUAAAGAAUUUUUCAACUGCGUUAACAUACCUCUUUUGUCCGGUGAUGACAAUACAAAAGUUUUGGAUGUAUGUCCACCACCAUCGCUACAUUUGUUUUUAGGUUUAAUGAACUGCAUCUACGACAACAUUGCCAAGAAGAAUCCUAGUGUUGCCGAAUCAUGGGCCAAGGCAGCAAAUUCUACUCGGCAUGCUCAAUUCGGCUUUGCAGGAAGGCAUUGCCGAGCAUUGUUAUCAAAACAUCUCAUUCUACAUGAAGCUGGGUUCAAGGAGUACUCCCUCAUGAUGCAAUACCUAGAUUCAGUGGUUGAAAAAUGCUUUGGGAUGGAGCUCAUUGAUGGGUAUCGUCAAUCCAUCGAUGAUUUUUGCGAAAGCUGGUCAGCUUUAAAACUCCCAGAGACUCCGAAGUUUCAUAUUAUGAAAUUUCAUGUGGCUGAGUUUUGCUUUGCAGUAAAUGAAGGACUGGGACGGUAUUCCGAACAGACCAUUGAAGCUAUUCACCAUGAUUUUGCUAAAACAUGGAUGAAUCAUAAAGUUCCUGAGACGCAUAAACAUUAUCAGCAGAAUAUUCUCAAGGCAGUCGUCACUUAUAAUAGCAGCCACAUAUGAAACCACAAUGAAAUGCAUUCUCAUGAUCAUUAUUUUUAACUAUCAUAUUGUUUAUCUUAUCAUUGCAUUUAUCUGUAUCAUGAUAUUCGAGUUAAUAAAUAAUGUGUUACUAAAUUUAUUUGUUUCAUUUUCAACCCUUUUUUAAACCAAGCGCAAGCCCCCCCCCCUCUCUCUCUCUCAUCUAUUUUUCAAACCAUUGUUUAUUCCGUUACCAUAUAUGUAUUACCUAGCGUCUCCAUUGGUGAUUGGAAAAAUUCAAAAUAACUUUAUUCAAUUUUUCCCCGAUAGAAUAUUUUGAAACAAACGUCAUUCGAUUGUUUGGACUGUAUCCUAACUUUUCAUGAAAAAAAAUCCGAGGUGCAUUCAAGAUACAUAAUAUGCCGCUUCGAACACGGCGUGGCAGUGUUCCAUGCAUCUUUUUCAAAUUUUCAAUAAAAUAAAAUUAUUUUGUUGCUGCCAAGAAAGGCGCCAUAAUUGCAAAGUGGAUUGAUCCGUAGAUAAAAUGACGCAUUCGUACACCAAAACAAUUCAAAAACAUUUGAAUCUCGUGAUUCAUUCGUGGUUCAAAUCUGCAAAAGAUAUAGCUGAGCGUUAAACCAGUUUUAAGUUCUUAACCCUUAAAUGCGCAAUGUAGUUUUAAAACAACAAACCGAAAAUACGUUUAAUGUUAAUAAUUUUAAUGGUAGUUUACGCUAAAAAUACUUUCGACGAUUUCUAAAAAAAUCGCCUUGCGCCUUUAAGGGUUAACAAUUAACUGGUAUACAAAUUGAAUCAAGAACAGCUACUGGGAAAAUGGAUGUUUCAGAUUAAUAUUUAAAACCACAAUCCCGAACAAUUUGAAUCAUUGCUCUUAGAUAAUCAAAAUGUAUUGCAGAUUAAUUCGGUACAUGAUUGAUUCGAGAUUCUGAUAGUACCUGUACCUGAUAACCUGUACUAGCUUGGUAAAUAAUUGAGAUGUAAAUGAAAGCCUAGGUUCUAAUCAACAAAUUGUAUAUCCUAUACCAUAUCGAUUAAUGUACGUCAAGAAAGCAAAGGCGUUCAUUUAUUUAAAAAAAAUAUAUUGAUUCUUAAUACUCCAUACACUGAUUGUUUCACAUGUUUCGAAUUGCGCACGGGCGUAUUUAAAAACCGUUAAAUUUGCCAGAAAAUUCCGGAAACUUUUAUUUUACAAUCUAAAGACUGUUGUGCAAAUUAACUCGUAUCCGCUGCUGAGUAGGAACCUGCUAUGGCUACAUGGCCACAGGGCUACAUGGUUUGACAAUCGAGAAGUAAUAUAAAAUUUGAGGUUAAACGAUCAUAAUAUGCUGGUGAAUUUUUCGGAGAUCUCAAGGUAAUACACUGACUUUUGAAAUAUUCUUCUGGAACUUAUUGUUCGAUGUUUUUUUUUUAAAUCCUAAAAAGUCUAUUCAAACGCACUUGUAUCGUUGUAAAACAAAUUUUGUGCAUCGAUGGGAAUUUUUGUUAUUGGAAACAAAAACAACUAAUUAUUUCAAUGAAUUCAUAAAAAAAAGUGUAUGAGAGAUCUGAAUUUUGGUCUGUUAUAUAGAGUAACAAUUUUCAAUACACAUACAAUUUAAGAACAUAAUAUUCGUCCUUAUUUUACAAGAUAAACAACAUUUUGUGUUUUAUAUAUAAUGUGACUAUUAGUCAAAUCGCACCUACAUAAUUAAAAUGUGAUAUUCUAUUGAUUUAAAAAAAAAAGAAUUUAUCAAUAAACAAUAUAAAUAUGUUUGCUUAUAACUUGUUUUAUCACCCUUUGUUAGUCUAACCUUCAGAAAAAUUUCCAUGAAAAUAUAUGAUUGAAAAUGUAUAUGUAAGCUCUUAGAAGAACUGAGAAUGACUCGUUUCUAAAUGUUCGGCUAAAAGUCGUGUAUUUUAGAAGUGUGGAAGUAAAAAUCGAUUGGUAACAUCACAGAAUAUGGAUAUAUAGAAAUAGAGGUUGCACGCGGGUUAGUUCAAAAUUUUAAUUUUAACAAAAAAGUAUGUGAUUGAGCGAUGAAUUAAUAGAAUUUAUUAUAGGCUUAACUAGUAUGACUAAGAGCAAAUAUAUAGAUGAACAAAUUGA